AUGGGUGUUGUCGUUGAAUGUGAAAAAGAAGUGAACAAGAUGAAAGGGGUAAUAGGUAAAGAUCCACAAUACGAGUCGCAAAAAGGAGCGUUGAACGUUCCUGUAAACAUAGCGGAAGACCUGCUUUACUGCGUUAGAACGAACGACAUAGAUGAAAUAAAGAAUAUUUUGCAGAAUGAAAAUAUAAAUUCGAUUAAUAACAUAAAGGACGAAAGUAACAACACCCUUGUCCAUUUUGCAUGUGCAAAUAAUAAUAUUGAUAUGAUAAAGUUUUUGCUAUAUGAAUGUGGAAGUAACUACAAUGAAUACAAUAAUAGCGGGAAUAGCCCUUUACUGUGGGCAAUUCAAAAUAAACAUUAUGCAGCAGUACAGGAGUUACUACUUUUUGACUACUACUUAAAUAAAGAUAAAUAUUUAUCCACUGAAAAAAGAAAGAAUGAAUUUUAUGAAAAUCUGAUGAACAAGCAUUUAAUAAAUCAUCGCAUUUUGAAGGAAAAUUAUAGGCUAAAUGUGGAAACUAAAAAGAAAAUACACUCCUUAAACGUGUUUAGCAGCAUUUUUAAUGAAAGGAAUGGCACGAACACUCAAAAAGGGAAAGAAGUAGGAAUAGAUGCAGGAGCAGAAUCAGGAGUAGGCGUCGACGUGGGAGCAGCGGAAUGGUACAGUGAACAACAGAGAGAACAACUCUGUUUAUACAAAGAGAGGAAUAAGAUAGAUUUAUUGACAAAAAAUGCCUUCGACAAACAUAUAUUAUCAGAAGCCUUUAAUGCGCAGGAUGAAAAUAUAUUACAACUAAUUUUGAAUCAUCCCAUAUCUAGCGUUCUAGAUAACCCACAGAGUUACGACCUGAAGGAAGAGGUUGAUUCUUGUAUGAAUAAAAAUGAAAAGAGAGAAACAGAUAAUUUAAAUUAUACAAAAAAUGAAUCAUCAAUUAGUACAUCAUUAUUCGAGGAUAAUCAAACGCAGAUACAUGAUAGUAACGACGAUGAAUAUUUGUACAAACGAAUGAAUGGAAAGGAUAACACAUUAUCUAAUGUGUGUGUAUCUACAUACGGUAUAAACAAAACAAAAGUAAUGGAAAAGGAGAUUAAAAAUAGUAUAUUAUAUAACGGAUUUACAACAAAACAUGAGGAGGCAAAAAUUGUUCAGGAAUAUAUAUACGAAUUACAAAUCAACGAAAAAAUAAAACUUAAUAACAAGAAUAUUAUAAUAAAGAUAAGAGAAAUAGGACUUAAUUAUUAUGGAGAUUUAUUAAAUAGCCCUAUUGCCAGUAGUGAUAUUACAGGCAUUAACAUAUGGGAAUGCUCUAUUAUAACAAGCAAAUGGUUAUAUGACUUAUAUGAAGAAAAUAAUUUGUUUGCUAAUAAAAACAUUUUAGAAGUUGGAGCAGGCUGUGGAUUAGUAAGCAUUUCGUUGUUCAUCUAUGCGGGCCUUAAGAAUGUUCGCGGCGUAUAUAGCAAAGCCAACACUGACAGUUCUAGCAUAAGCGCUGAUAGAAACGCCAGUAUUGACAGUAGCAGUCCCAACAAAUUACUUAUUAGCGAUGUUAACGACUUUACGCUACGUAACAUUUCAUACAAUGUAGAUAUAAAUGCUCCUCUACUUAAUGAAGUUGACCCAAACUGGAAAAGCAAGAUAAAAGUUUGUAAUAUAGACUGGACUAAUGAAGAUACAUAUGUUAGAGAAAAUAAUAAAAUUCUAAUGUAUGACUUUAUUAUUGGCAGUGAUUUAAUAUAUGAUAAGACGAUGGUACCAUCACUUGUUUAUUUAUUAAAUAAAACUUUAAAAAAACAAGGAAUAUUUUUCUAUGUAUGUAAAAAAAAUAGAGAUGGCAUUAAGUCAUUUUUAGACGAAUUACAAAAUAAUAAUUUUAAACUUAAUUUUUUUACACCUCCUAAUUCUUAUUUUACUAACCCCUUUCUUAACUUGAACCAAAAUUUAUUCGAAGCCAAAUUUACGGAGUUUGAAGACUCUCAUGAAUUUAUCAUGAUGAGGUGCGAGCGGUUGUGA